AUGACAGUGAAGACCAGGAGAGGGCGUUACUAUACUUGUGUUAGGAAGGAAGCAGGACCUCAGCUUAUGAAGAUUUUAGAUGCGAUAGAAUGCAAAAAUCCGUCAAAAUUGCUUUUUAGUUUGAGAGACUAUAUUUUUCCGAGACCUAAGAAUCAUUUAGCCACAGAUUUUUCAGGAGGCAUGAUAUAUUUGCUUUAG